CUUGAUCGAUCAUUAUUAAAAAAUCGAUAAUUGAAUCAACGAUAAAUUUUAUUCGAUCAUAAAAAAAAGAAGUAGCAUAUAAGUAGUCUGAAAAUUGAGAUCAUCAUAUCUCCAUAAUACGUAAGGUCUUAUAACGUCUGAUGAGAAAAAGGAGGCAAUUUUUUUUUUCCUCGGAGAAGAUGGCCAAGAUGCGAGGGACGAACGAUCGACGAUCGAUCGAUAGAAGAAUACGAGCAGAAAAAAAGAACGGACGUGACGAAAGAGAUGAAGAACUCAACCCUAAAGGUCAACACGCGAAUACGACCCGUUUCUUGUCGAUCAAAGUGGUGGUACUACCGUACGGUUUAUACGUGGAACGUGAUGUUCGAACAUUCAGUCUUUCGCUUUCUCUACGUUCGCGAGCUGCUCGAUCGGUCCAAUCGAUCCACGUGCUUCUGCGUGCUUCCAACCUGGGGUGUGCCAUCUUUUUUUUUUUUUUUUUAUUUUCUUAUUUUUCCUCUCCUUGGCAAAACUUGAUAAAUGAAACUUUGAACAGAAUCGAAUUUGCAAUUGUCUCUCCUCGUUGUCGAGAUCAACACGAAUCGAGAUUAUCCGAGGCUGACACAUGAAGCAAAGAUUCAAAUGAAAAUAACCGAAUGUGAACCGACGUUCAUCAUGAUUCGAAUAGGAAUUAUUUGAUUCCUUCAUUAUCGUUUCGAUCAACAAUGGCAUCGUCUAGUUCCAUUAUCGAAGAGGCAAACCCUAGGUAAAUCCAGGGUAUUUAAUCACGAUAACACACUUUAUCAAUAAUAAUAAUAAUGAAAUCGAUCCUAUAUUAUAAACUAUCGUAUAUUCCUUGAAAGAACAAAUUUAAUACCCAAAAAUUUUUUAAACCAAAAAUAAGAAAGAGAGAAACAGAAAAAGGAAGAAACGAAUAGAAAUUAAAGAUCUCAAGAAUUAAAAGAUCAAAGAAAAUUCUAAGAAACAAAAGAUGACGUUAAUAAGCACAGCGACCCUGGCCGUAAAAGCUGCCACUCUCCUCAUCGGAAAAUUGGCCAUAAUACCGAUCAUCAUAGCGGCCCUAGCUUAUUACAAUUACGAUCUAAUGGAUCCCGAGAAUCAACCGAAGGUUACCAAGAAUUUAAGGAAAGAGUACGAUUUCGUGGUGGUGGGUGGUGGCUCGGCCGGAAGCGUGGUCGUGAACAGGCUCACCGAGAAUCCGGGGUGGAGCGUGCUGUUGUUGGAGGCCGGGGGCCACGAAACCGAGAUAACGGACGUUCCUAUACUGUCUCUGUACUUGCACAAGAGCAAACUGGAUUGGAAAUAUAGGACGCAGCCGCAGGAUUCGGCUUGUCAGGCGAUGGUUGAUCGACGAUGCUGUUGGACCAGGGGGAAGGUCUUGGGAGGUUCGAGUGUGCUGAACACGAUGCUUUACAUUCGAGGGAAUCGACGAGAUUUCGACCAGUGGGAAAGCUUUGGCAAUCCUGGUUGGGGUUACGACGAUAUACUUCAUUAUUUCAAAAAAUCUCAAGACCAAAGGAAUCCCUAUUUAGCUCGUAACACUAAAUAUCACAGUACAGGAGGAUACCUGACGGUGCAAGACUCCCCGUACAACACGCCGUUGGGUAUAGCGUUCCUCCAAGCCGGCGAGGAGAUGGGCUACGACAUAGUGGACAUAAACGGGGAGCAACAGACUGGUUUCGCCCUCUACCAGUACACGAUGAGGCGGGGGACGAGGUGCAGCGCUGCGAAGGCGUUCAUCAGGCCCAUCCAGCUUCGGCGCAACUUCGACCUCUCUUUGUGGAGCCACGUGACCAGGAUCCUGAUAGACCCGCGCACGAAGCGCGCACGCGGCGUUGAGUUCAUCAGGGGGGGGCGGAGGGAGGUCGUGCACGCGAGGAAGGAAGUGAUAUUAUCGGCAGGGGCGAUAAACUCGCCCCAAUUGUUGAUGCUGUCCGGCAUCGGGCCGAGGCGCCACCUCGAGGAGCUCGGUAUCCCCGUGAUCCACGACUCGCCAGGCGUCGGCCAGAAUCUUCAGGAUCACAUAGCCGUGGGCGGGAUCAUAUUCCCCAUCGAUUAUCCGAUCAGCAUAAUGCUGGACCGUGUCGUGAACCUGAACUCGGCACUCAGGUACGCGAUCACCGAGGACGGUCCGUUGACGGCCAACGUCGGCCUCGAGACGGUAGGAUUCAUCUCGACCAAGUACGCGAAUCGGAGCGACGAUUGGCCCGACAUCGAGUUCAUGCUCACCUCCUCCUCGGUCAACUCGGACGGAGGCACCCACGUGAAGAACGCGCACGGGUUGACGGACGAGUUCUACAACGAGGUGUUCGAGAGCAUAAACAGGCGUGACGUGUUCAGCGUGUUCCCCAUGCUGCUCAGACCAAGGUCGCGAGGUUUCCUCAAGCUGAGGUCGAGCAACCCUCUCGAUUACCCUCUCAUGUAUCACAAUUACCUCACCGACCCGUACGACAUCGACGUGUUGAGGGAGGGGGUGAAAGCGGCGAUCGCGUUCGGGCAGACGAGCAGCAUGAGAAGGUUCGGCGCGAGAUUCCACAGUCACCCGGUCCCCAACUGCAAACGGAUACCGUUGUACACGGACGAGUAUUGGAACUGCGCGAUACGCCAGUACACGAUGACCAUUUACCAUAUGAGCUGCACGGCCAAGAUGGGGCCGCGGACAGAUCCCAUGGCGGUCGUGGAUCCCGAGCUAAGGGUGUACGGGGUGAACGGGUUGAGGGUGAUCGACGCGUCCAUCAUGCCCACCAUCACCAGCGGAAAUAUAAACGCGCCUGUGAUAAUGAUAGGCGAGAAGGGGGCAGAUUUGGUUAAGGAGCAAUGGUGGCACGAAAGCCGCACUAACGCCACCAUUGGGUCGUGAUAGUCUACUACUAUGUGGGAAUGGAUUCUGUAUACGUAUAUAGGGAGAUAUGAUGUACACUUUUGUUGUUGGGCAUUACGUUUUUAAUUUAAAGUGUCAAGUCCUCAAGGUGGAUUUAAUUUCAAUCUUUGUGAAAUGUAAUGGAAGUUUCUGGAAAUUUAUUUAUUCCUUGUAAUAAUUGUAAUAUAUAUAUAUUUUUUGAGGUUAGGAUCAA